CCCGCGUCUCUCUCGUCUCCCCCAUGUCUGCUCAGGCUUAUUACCCCCCGCAGACGUACAGCAAUUACAGCCAGCAGUACCAAGGCUAUGCACAACAGUCAACACAGUACCCCGCACAGUACCAGCAGGCUGCACCAGGCCAGGGCCAGCCCUCACCAUUCCCAUACACACCAAGCUUAAACUCGCCCACCGUGAAAACGCCUGGCUCGCCACCACCGGAACCAAUAGCUGCACCCGACCUCGCAGAAGUUACCGAGGAUGUAGCGUCAAAGGCAAUGCAGAGGCUUAUAUCAUCAGAGCUGCAACACGCAGGAUUUAACUCUGCUUCCCAUGCCGCCCUCCGCCGGCUGGAACAAGAAACUACAGCUUGUCCGUUCCCCUGGUCUUUAUGAUGCUGAUGCGCAUUGUGCUAAGCAAGUGUAGUUGUAGAAGAAAUCUUCCGUCGCGCCCAUGACUAUGCCAACCACGCGAACCGAGCGCGUCCUAUUGCUACGGAUAUCAUGAACGCAUGCAAGGAGUUCUAUGGGAUAGAGACUAAGCACUUGCAUCGUAUCGAGCUGAUGUCGCGCAAACGGAGGCAAGGUGAGUGUAUCUGAUCUGUGGAAGAGUGCAGGGACCUUCAACGACCCGAAUAAUAGAGCAUUCAGAGCCAGAACCCCCCACCCUCAUACCUCCACCCUCUCGUUCCCCUUCCCCGGAACUUCUGGAAUCAGACGAUGAGGGCAUGGGGCCUGUCAUGCCAGCUACGCUUCGCCUACUUCCUCACUAUACCCCGCCAUUACCGCCGAAACAUACCUACCUGCGAACACCGGUAAGCUGCCCCCGCAUGCUUCCCAGGCU